AUGUUAGACGACUCCCUAGUGGAAGAGCAACUUUCCGAAAUGUUGGCCUUUGAACUUGGUCUAGAUGCAGUGAAUUUCGAUUCUAAGUCUGGUCCGACAUCGUUGGGUAACCCUUCGCCAGUCGACUUUUAUUUACAAUAUUUGGGACUAUACUUGAUGAAAUCUGAUUUAAUCAAUGCAAAGUUUUUGUACAAAAGAAUGCCAGCCAAAAUUAAAGAGCACACGUCAAUAAAGUGCUUAUGGGAUCUUGGCCGGUUCCUCUUUCGAAAUGAUGUAAAGUCUUUUUUCUCUCGUUCUGUGCAAGUUUUGUCGGAUCCAAUGCAGCCUGAAAUUCUCGUUCAAAUGGUCAAACAGAUUCGUGAUAAACAGCUUAACUCAAUGGUGGACCUUUUCUUUCGCGCAUAUUCACACAUAAGUGUUGAUUUUUUAUGUGACUACUUAUGUAUUUCUUCUGAAGACAUGUGUGAACUUUUUUUACAAAAAGGCUGGGAAUUUUGUUCGGACAAUCGUUUUAUCUUUCGUCGUGGUGGAAUUUCUUCGGAAGACAACAAGACAUUAUCCUUAGAGAAUGAUACGACGAAUAAUGACCUUAUGAGCAAGUUAUCUGAAUUGAUGUGUUUUAUGGAAAAUCACUAA